AUGGAGAUCGCCCUGGUGCCCCUGGAGAACGGCGGUGCCAUGACCCUCAGGGGAGGAGAGGAGGCCCGGACGACGGCGGGUCAGCUCCGCUGCUCGGCGACGGCCGCGCUCAGCGAUGGACCCAAGCGGCCGGCGCCCAGGAGGCGCAGCGGCGCGGAGAGGGGCGAAGACCCGGGAGGCCGGCCGUCGGCACCACCGCGCCAGGAGCUGCCCCAGGCUAGCCCGCGGCCUCCGGAGGAAGAGGAGGGAGAAGGCGAUCCCGCCCUGGGCGUGGCGGGGGACCAGGUGCUGGGCCCGGGGUCCCUCCAUCACCAGCGCGUCCUCAUCAACAUCUCUGGGUUGCGCUUCGAGACGCAGCUGGGCACCCUGGCGCAGUUCCCCAACACGCUCCUGGGGGACCCGGCCAAGCGCCUGCGCUACUUCGACCCGCUGAGGAACGAGUACUUCUUCGACCGCAAUCGGCCCAGCUUCGACGGCAUCCUCUACUACUACCAGUCGGGGGGCCGGCUUCGCAGGCCGGUCAACGUCUCCCUGGACGUGUUCGCAGACGAGAUCCGCUUCUACCAGCUGGGGGACGAGGCCAUGGAGCGCUUUCGGGAGGACGAGGGCUUCAUCAAGGAGGAGGAGAAGCCCCUGCCCCGCAACGAGUUCCAGCGCCAGGUGUGGCUGAUUUUCGAGUACCCGGAGAGCUCGGGCUCUGCACGGGCCAUCGCCAUCGUCUCGGUCCUAGUCAUCCUCAUCUCCAUCAUUACCUUCUGCUUGGAGACGCUGCCAGAGUUCCGGGAUGAACGCGAGCUGCUGCGCCAUCCCCCGGCCCCCCACCAGCCCCCGGGACCCCACAGGGGGCCCAAUGGCAGCGGGGCCGCAGCGCCCCCUUCCGGCCCCACGGUGGCGCCUCUCCUGCCCAGGACCCUGGCUGAUCCCUUCUUCAUCGUGGAGACCACUUGCGUCAUCUGGUUCACCUUCGAGCUGCUAGUGCGGUUCUUCGCCUGCCCCAGCAAGGCCGAGUUCUCUCGGAACAUCAUGAACAUCAUCGACGUGGUGGCCAUCUUCCCCUACUUCAUCACCCUGGGCACCGAGCUGGUGGAGCAGCAGCAGCCGGGGGGCGGGGGCGGCCAGAACGGGCAGCAGGCCAUGUCCCUGGCCAUCCUCAGAGUGAUCCGCCUGGUCCGUGUGUUCCGCAUCUUCAAGCUGUCCCGCCACUCCAAGGGGCUGCAGAUCUUGGGCAAGACGCUGCAGGCCUCCAUGCGGGAGCUGGGCCUGCUCAUCUUCUUCCUCUUCAUUGGGGUCAUCCUCUUCUCCAGCGCUGUCUACUUCGCGGAGGCCGACAACCAGGAGACCCAUUUCUCCAGCAUCCCGGAUGCCUUCUGGUGGGCGGUGGUCACCAUGACUACGGUGGGCUAUGGGGACAUGAGGCCCGUCACCGUGGGGGGCAAGAUCGUGGGCUCCCUAUGUGCCAUCGCUGGGGUCCUCACCAUCGCCCUGCCCGUGCCAGUCAUUGUCUCCAACUUCAACUACUUCUACCACCGGGAGACGGACCACGAGGAGCAGGCAGUCCUUAAGGAAGAACAGGGCAGUCAGAGCCAGGGGGCUGGACCCACCAGCGCAGGCCAGCGAAAGGCCAGCUGGAGCAAGGGGUCCCUCUGCAAGGCGGCAGGGUCCUUGGAAAACGCAGAUGGCUCUCGAAGGGGCAGUUGCUCCCUGGAGAAGUGUAACCUCAAGGCCAAAAGCAACGUGGAUUUGCGGAGAUCGCUAUAUGCCCUCUGCCUGGACACCAGUCGGGAGACGGAUUUGUAAGGGGGUCCCAGGAGGACAGCUGGCUGCAGGCUGGAGACAGCAGAGGCCUUCUGACCCUGGGGAUCUACUUGACACCGCAGAGUAUUUCAAGCCCACCCUGGUACCUGGGUCUGUCCCUUUUCUCUCACUGCUCCCCUCCUGCCUCCCCCUCCACCUUGAUCCCCUCAUUUUUCCUCUUCUUUCCAUGACCCCAAGGGUCACCUAUUUUUAAAAACUACCACAUUCCAUGACGCAGGAGCUGUUGAAAUGGUGAGCGCUGUGAGAUGGACGUCUUUGUAGCCAGUUUCCUACACCCAGCAGAGGGACAACCCAAACAAAAAUGACUUUAAAUAGCCCAGAUCUCCAGGGAUUUUGUAAAACCCCUCCUCACAUCCCUGUGCUCCAGAUUUGCUUUACAGAUGAUUAUAUUUGUGUAUAAGGGGAAAUAUUAUUUUUAUGGCUGGAGAGUGGAUUUUUGUACCACAGUUCAGAUGGAGAUAUUUUGGAUAUAUUUUCAAGACAUGUGUUAUAUUUAUGGAAGAGAUGGGUUUUGUGAUGUUCUCCCGCAAUACUUACAUUACAGCCGGAGACCCUGGUCCAGCCAUUCUAGAUCCUGUGUCAGUAAGCCUCUCUCUUUUCUGAGAUGUAGUAUCGGUGCUUUGUGUCUGAGGCAGGCAAUGCUCUGGAAGAAAGGCAAGUCUAACUGUUUUCUGUGCGCCUUAAUUCUUGUAACUUUCUUCAAAAAGCAUUUUAAUGAUGUAGGAGGAAGACUUCUGAUAAUUCAUCCUCUUGAAUUUUUAUCCCAGGAAAUAAAA